AUUUCAGUACCAAAAGCGGUAACCCCGAGCUACACUCGGGAAUACUCUGCGGCACUGCUCCGGUAUUUGUUCUUCACUUACCUUACCCUGCGCUCCCACGAUGUGUCCCCUGCAGCGUCCCCGGCCAUCUCCUCCGGCCGAUGCCGGCAUCCGGCUUCUGUGUCCUGUCCCUGUGACGUCGGGACGUACGGGCGCCGCCGCCGCCACCACCGGCGGCGGGAAAUUUAAAAAUUUUAAAAAAUGUCAUUUUUUUUUUUUUUUACAUUUUACAUAUUUCACAUACAUUUUGUCCCGAGUGCUUUGUCCGGCGCCCUGCCUGCAUUUUGUCUGUUCUUUCUGCCUGGAAACUGAGAAACGUCCAUGGCAUCCAAAAAGUGUCCCUUUAGGUCAAAAGCGGUUUAGAUCAGCUAGAAAACAGCGAUAGUAAAUCAGAACCACUUGCAGAAUAGA